AUGAUACACGACGAAGCCCCCCAAGACCAUUCAAACUGGGUACAACCGUGCCUUCCUGAUUUCCAAUUAGGAAACUGGCAAGUUGUUGAACGACCCAAAGUUUCCGUGGUGGGCAUAAUAUCUGACGACGAGUCCGGUGAAGGUACUAAUACCGAGGACCCUGACAUUGAUUUUGAACGAAUAGCAAGCCAAUCCGAGGAUGGAGAAGAUGAAGAUAUGGGGUUUUCCCUAGAGCUAGAAAGGAUGGUCGUUCAGGAAGACCGAGAGAUGAAGCCACACCGAGAAGAAACGGCAAUCGUAAACUUGGGUGUUGGCGAGGAAAGAAAAGAGGUAAAGCUAAGAAGGAUUAAGCCUAAGAUGUCCUUAAAGAUCAAAGAAGAGGUGAAAAAGCAGUUCGACCCUAGCUUUUUGGCUGUGGCUCGGUACCCCAAAUGGGUGGCCAAUAUUGUGUCAGUCCCUAAGAAGGAUGGGAAGCUCACCACUACCUGUGAGCCUCUCUUCAAACUUUUGCACAAGAAUCAGUCGAUCCAAUGGAACGACAACUGUCAAGUGGAAUUCAGUAGGAUCAAGCAAUGCCUUAUGAACCCUCCUGUGCUGAUGACACCAAUGCCCGAGCAACCUUUUAUCCUAUACAUGACAGUGUUGGAUGAGUCGAUGGGGUGUAUGCUAGGGCAGCAUGACGAUUCUGGAAAGAGAGAACAGGUUGUCUAUUACUUGAGCAAAAAGUUCACUGCCUACGAGAUGAACUACUCUCUGCUGGAAAGGACGUGUUGUGCCUUGGUGAUAAAAGGAAGCGCCUUGGUAGACUAUCUGGCUCAGCAACCUUUCAAUGAAUACCAGCCCAUGCAUCCGGAGUUUCCAAAUGAAAACAUCAUGGCUUUGUUCGGGGAGAAGGUGAAGGAUGAGGAUAGGGAUAAGUGGAUUAUGUGGUUCGACGGUGCAUCCAAUGCCCUAGGCCAUGGGGUUGGGGUGGCUUUGAUCUAUCCCGAUAACCAAUGCAUUCCCUUCAUGACCAGAUUGGGCUUCGAUUGCACGAAUAAUAUGGUUGAAUACGAGGCAUGCGCCCUCAGAAUCCAAGAGGCAAUUGAUUUUAACGUCAAAUUGUUCAAAGUGUACAGAGACCCAGCCUUGGUAAUUCACCAGUUGAGAGGAGAAUGGGAAACUAGGGAUCACAAGUUGAUACCCAAUCAAGCCUACAUCAAGAAACUAGCUGAGUUCUUCGACGAGGUCUCCUUCCACCACGUUCCCAGAGAGGAAAAUCAAAUGGCUGAUGCGCUUGCCACUCAGGCAUCCGUGUUUCAGCUAACCCCACAUGGAAACUUGCCAUACAUCGAGUUCAGAUGUUGCGGCAAGCCCACACAUUGCUUCUUGAUAAAAGAGGAGCAAGACGGUAAACCAUGGUACUUCGACAUCAAGCGGUACGUAGAGUAUAAAGUGUAUCCACAGGGGGCUUCUGACAUCGAUAAGAGGACAUUGCAUAGGUUGGCAGCUAGUUUCUUUCUAAGAGGUAUCCUGUACAAGCGAAAUCAUGAUAUGGUUUUUCUCCGAUGUGUGGACAUUAAAGAAGCCAAGCAAAUGCUCGUGGAGGUACAUGAAGGGUCCUUUGGGAUGCAUGCUAAUGGGCAUGCCAUGGCCAGAAAGAUUCUAAGGGCAGGCUAUUAUUGA